AUGUCCAAAAACUACCUGAUCACAGGCGCCGGUCGCGGUAUCGGCAGAGGACUGUCACGGCUGCUGCUGCAAAGGGGCCACCGCGUCUUUAUACUUGACAAUAACGACGUGGAGCUUGAACACAUGAAGACGCAGCUUCCGAAAUGGCUAUCGUCAUCGGACGCACAGUCUCGCUUCAGGAUCUUCGGGGCCGACAUGUCCAGGAAGGAGGACAUCGAGAAGGCAGUCCAUUCGGCGUCGGACUUUUUCAGCGGGAAACUGGACGUGCUGGUCAAUAAUGCUGCAAUCACGGCGGGGGCCCACGGGCCGAGAAUCGAGACGGACGAUUUCUUGUCGGUCUGGGAGAGCAGUAUCCAGGUCAAUCUCACGGGGAGCGCGCUAAUCUCGAGGGCGUGCCUCCCGAUGUUGAGGAGGCAGCCGCCGGACAGCCCGCUUGGCGGAAGCAUAAUCAUGAUCUCGUCGACGCGCGCGUAUCAGUCUGAGCCGAACAGCGAGGCGUACGCGGCUACCAAGGCGGGACUGCUUGGGCUGAGCCAGGCGCUGUCUUGCUCGCUGGCGGACGAUGGUAUCAAGGUGAAUGCGAUACUGCCAGGAUGGAUCAAUGUGGAGCACGAGAGCAAGGAAGGAGACGACAACGGUCUGAAGUGGGAGAAUGGCCUGAGCGAGGACGAUCACAGGUGGCAUUUUACCGGGCGAGUUGGCAAGGUUGAGGAUAUCCUGAAGGCAGUGGAGUACCUUUCUGACAGCGACAGCUUUAUCACUGGCGAAGAGCUCAAGGUUGACGGAGGUGUCACGAGAAGGAUGACUUAUCCGGAGUAG